AUGAGUUCACACCCAGGGAAGGCGAGCUCAUACGGCGAUGCGAACGCGCCAACCUCGCCCGAAAAACUCAUUCCUGAUACCGAGUCCGCGCCCGAAGACCCAAUUCCGACUUAUAAAGACUUCGGAGACCAGGACAUGAACAGCCAAGCCAAUAAGCAAGCUGAUGGUCCUCGUCACAGCUAUGAUUUAGAUGGCGAUAUAGAAUUGGGUAACGUGCCUCUGUUACCGGCAGAUUAUUAUGAUUAUGAUCCUCGUGACGACAAUUCGGAUUCGGAUUUCGACUUUGAAGAUGCCCCGGACCCGUUUAGACGCGAUCCGCCGUUUUCUUGCACUAUCCCGGGCUUCUGCGCUUGGCUGCGAGGACCCACACCACCACAUAUCUAUCAUAUCAAUCCUUGGUUUCCGCGAUUGCAGGCUGCGCCAGCGAACUUGAUUGAUCGAUAUGUGCCGCGGAUGGGAGCUAAAAUUGGACUGCUCUUCCUUGGAUUGUUGUUUUGGAUCAUUGUUUUCUUUUCAACUCUUAAAGCUUCUGUGGCGGGCCAAGAGGUUUUGGGGAACAAUGCGACAGAAUGUGGACUCAAUGGUGAUGCUUGCCAACCUUUUGAUGAUCAGUCAUUCGCUUUCCGUUGUCCAGCUGGCUGUGCACAGGCAACGCUUCUAGAACCAUAUGCCAUUGGUGAACACGAAUAUAAUUAUCGACCGCUUGUUGUUGGUGGCAAGGCAUUUAGACGUGACAGCGCAAGUAGCGGAAUCUACCGCGGAGAUUCCUCGAUUUGUGCCUCAGCACUACACGCUGGCAUGAUCAGUGAUUCAAAGGGAGGAUGUGCUAUUCUUCGCCGCCAAGGUGCACGAAAUAAGUUUGAGUCAAUAACACAAAACGACAUCGAAAGCAUCGAGUUCAUGUCUUAUUUCCCUAUGUCAUUCAUGUUAACCAAGCAGGCGUCCUCGUCUGGAUCUAGCGCCGCAAAACUAGUCGAAUGUUCCGAUAUUCGCUGGCCGCUUUUCACUUUUACCGUUGUUACUACCAUCAUCUUCUCAAUGACCGUCACCUCAGCCCCGGUCUUUUACAGCUUGAUGUACUUUAUCGUCUGGUUUCAGGUUGCCAUGGCCUCCGACCCCCCAACAUCAGGCUACUACAACCUCGUCCAGACAGGAUUGGGCCGCUUCCUUCCAGGCGCCUUCGUCGGAUUCGCCAUGUACUAUUUCUGUGUGAAAUACACCCUUCAGAAUCUCGACGCUCAUAUAGACAAGACAAUUCUCUGGCUAGGCGGGUGCUGGGUCGGGGCCUUGAAUACCGAUACCUUCGACCGCCUCCCACUCUCCCGACUCACACCCCACGACAUCCAACAACAGCCCGGCGCCUUAACAGCCCUCCUCUCCAUCAUCGGUUUCUUGGUCUUCGUAUUCUUCCUCCAAGCCCACUGCUACCGUCGUCAAGGGCAACUCCUCUCCAAACUCCGCCUUUACGGCUUCUUUGUGCUCGUCAUCAUUAUCUUGGUCGCUGUCCCCAACAUGAAUCUCCGCAUUCACCACUACAUUCUUGCCCUUCUCUUCCUCCCAGGGGUAACACUUCAAACUCGGCCCAGUCUCCUCUUCCAGGGUAUUCUCAUCGGCCUCUUCAUCAACGGUAUCGCCCGUUGGGGCUUCGACUCUAUUCUUCAAACACCCGCAUCUCUCCUGGACGGCGGUAAACUCGGCACCCCAGCACCAGUUAUAAACCCACCCAACGUCUUAGAGAUAAAUAAACUCCUCUUCACCUUCCCGGAUAUCCCUGACCACGUCGAUGGGAUUAGUGUCCUUGUCAACGAUGUUCAACGGUUUCAAGAACUGAAGCCGAAAGGCUCGUCUGGGGUACCUGAUUUCACAUGGGAGAGAGUCAAGCCUAAUACGGAGGAAUAUUUCCGCUUUGGAUACGUGCAUCUUAAUGCUCUUGGUGGGGUUUGGUAUGAGGACUUUUCAGGUCCGUCAACUUGGAAGGCUGAUGGGAAUUACUUCUAUCCUCCAUAA